AGAUGUUUGCUUUAUCGAUAUUCUAUCAACAAUAAACGGUACGACUAACUGUGUACUGUCUAUGGCGGCAACGCAUAAAAUAAGAUGGAAAACGCAUUGUGUUCCAACAUUAAAAAGCUGUACGACAAUGGCCUAUACGAGUGCGUUAUACCAACGGCCAGCCUAUUGUGCACCCUGCUGAAAAACGAUCGAAAUGUGGCCACGCUGGAGAUGGAAUACCAGGCGAUGAUCUAUCUCAGCAAUGCUAAUUACAAGGAGCACAAUUAUCGUACAGCCUGCAGUCAACUGGAAGCCGUUGUCGUGCAGCGUAAAACGAUGCUCAGAUUUAAGAGCAGCUUCCUGACGGCCAUAGAGAGCUCAUAUCCACAGUUCCAGGAUGUGGAGUUACGCUAUAAGAUCGCCAUCUGUUACCGCGAGAUGGGCGAAUAUAAUAUGGCGAUUAACACACUGCAGGCGGUGAAGACAAGAACGCCGCGAGUAAACAUGUUGCUGGCCCGGCUGCUGCAUCAUCAUGGACACGGCGUCGGCAAGAAGGAGAAGGCGCUCGCCUACAAGGAUGUGUUACGCGAGUGUCCCAUGUCGCUGACCUCCAUUGAGGCGCUUCUUGAGCUUGGCAUCGAGGGCAGCGAUGUGCAUUCAAUGGUGGUGAAUGCCGCUGCCCUGCCAAAGAACAUAGAAUGGUUGAGCAGCUGGAUCAAGGGCCACGCCCAGAUGUACGGCUGCAAGCAUCGCGAGGCGUCCCAAACGUUCCAGCAGCUGAAUGAAUCGAAUCAAUUGCACCAGAAUGAGCAUGUCCUGACGAAGAUUGGCCAGUGUCUGUACUACGACGGCAACUAUUUGCAGGCGGAGCAAUAUUUGAGCCUGGCCAUGAUGCAGAAUCCGCAUAACAUGAAGGCUCUCUGUCCAUUGGCCGUUGUCUACGAUCGCAACAAGAAGAAGCUGGAGCGUAGCAAUCUGCUAGCACCGCUGGAGAUGCGACGCACACGAGAGUUUCGAUCCUCGCAUUGGUUCCUUCACGCCCAGCAAACCUAUUCGAAUGCCAAAUAUGAACGUGCUCUGAGCUUCACGGAGCGCGCCCUGGACAUGGAUGAGCGAAACAUCGAGGCGCUGCUGCUUCGCGCCGGCCUCUAUUUCGUGCUCCAGCGUCAACGAGAUGCGGUGAAUGUUUUCCAGAACAUUCAAUGCUUGGCGCCGUAUCGCUUUGAGGUAUACAAAGGCUUGGUCGCCUGCUAUGUGCGCCUGAACUGCAUCAAGGAGGCCCAAGCCACCUGCACAGUGGCCGUUCGGCAAUUCCCAACAUCCGCGCGCAGCUUCACCAUGUUUGGCGGCACCUUGUUCCGCUUGGCCAAUCCGAAUGCGGUACGAAGCGCCAAACGGUUCGUGGAGAAGGGACUCCAAAUCGAUGAGCACUAUGCACCGGGCAUUGCGCUCUUGGCUAGCAUCUACCAGGGCGAGGGGGAUAUUAGGAAGGCGAUUGUGCUGCUUAAGAAACAGGUGGAGUAUCGUCCAGAUGCCACGCUCUUUGCUAUGUUGGCCGAGAUGUUUAGCAAGGAGAAGGAUUUGGAUGCUGCUCUGCAAUACUUUACACUUUCAUUAAGGUUGGACUCCACUUAUCAGCGAGCCUUGGAUGGCAUCAAUGCAUUGACCAAGGCAGCGCGCAUUGCCAACAGCCACAAAGCCAACGGCAAGUCGAAUGAGCCUAAUGCAGCAGCGGGCGCAAAUGCAGCUGCAUCUGCCGCAACUGCUACCGCUGCUGCUGCCGUCGCCGCCUCCGCUGCCGCUGCUGCCUCAGCGUCCUGCAACGUGCCCAGCAUGACUCGAGCCUGCAACCGAUCAAAUCACGAUUGGCUACUGGACUAUGAUGAAGCGGAGCCACUGGAACUUUCCUCGCCAGCUGGACCAGCAGAGGAUGCUGAAUCCGAUGCGUUUGCUGAGCCCUUUUGGCAGGCCGUCGAUAGCGAGUUGACAAAUUAAUUGGAAUUAAAUCACAACUGCAGGCGAUUAGUAUAGAUUCUUUAUUCUAUCAAGUGUAGGUUUAGUUAUUUAGUUUCAAUGCUAUUUGAAGA